AUGUGCUCCGCCUAUUUUGGAGCUGAGAAGCCCGUUGCAGAUGUCGAAGCCACUGUUCACUUCAUGCUCUCACCCAAACUGGUCAGUGGCUUGGAAGCAAACAAGCAGCAGCGCGAGCAACGCGGUUGCAGCGAAGUCGAGAGAGACUCGUAUGAUCAAUUAGAGGGACAGCAGGAAUACACCAGCGCCACAACUAGUGCUAGGGCAAAGGAAGAUGUGUACUUCAGAUUUGAAGGCGAGCAUCUGAUCCAUACACCAAGCAGGACAAUUCUUGCGUCAAAGUUCGAAUUUUGGCUUGACAGGCCGGCUUCAGCAUCGAGAGGUUUCUGCGUUGUUGUUCGCAUGUCCCCUCGGGCUUACCAGAAAAUUCCCAGGCUUCUUGAAGUGCUGAGGGGCAGGCGGGAAAAAGCUUGUCAACGAGUCACGCGCGACUUGCUUGAUGGUCUCGGAAAUACUGCGCUCACAUCAGGCUUGGUGAAACGCCAAGAGCUGCAGACAGCCAUGCAGCGUACUGACAGGCAAGAUAUGGCUUUCAUCAUGCAAACUGUCCCAGGUAAUGACCGCGGAGACGUCUAUUACGAGGCAUUACCAACACUCCUCCAAGUACUUAGGAGGGAGAGUAUCAACAACUCUGUGCUCGAAGUUGACAAGGAAGCGAUAAGAGAGGAGCUCAGCAGGACAGUCAUAGAAGUGUACGUAACUCGAAUUUGCAGCCUCGAGAUAUUUUUGCUGACUUUGUCGUUAUGGUUCUGA